AUGACUCGCUCACUGCCGUUUUUGUUCUCGAAGACGUGCUCCGUCCUGACGCCACUGCAACCGUCAAGGCUCUACAUGAACGUGAUAUUUCAGUUCCAUAUUGUCUCAGGCGAUGACGACGGUGUUGUCCGCUCCGUCGCAACAUCCUUGAACAUCUCUGAUUCUAAUUCUCGCUCCUACCGCGACCCUGCUGGUAAGCAGGCAUACGCUCAGGAUCUCCUCUCUCAGACAAGGGCCGGCGAUAAGUCCAAAAGACCAAAUGUCAUGUUCUGCGCGACGGGACCAACGAUGCAGUCGCUUUAA